AUGUCCACAGCCUCAUCGCCGCCACCCAUUAUAAGCAACCCACUGUCAGUACCACCAUAUCAGCACAGGAGGGCUCCAGGAGUGAACUGGAGCUCUCAUCCAGCACACCAGCCUGCUAUGGCAGUGCCUCGCAUCACUGUUCAUCCACUGCCUGUUGAAUCACCUGCACUGCUUCGAGAGGGCGCACUUGAUUUCCUCGACUCAGUUCGUGUUGGUCGCAAGAUAGGUGUCUUCAGCUCCUGUUAUACCAUCACACACACCAUAACCGGGUGUCCUGGCCAGCGACGGGUUGCAGAAGCCAUUUCACAUCAUCCACCGCAGCCACCACCACCUCUGAUCAUGGAUGAUCCAGUGACCGACCAGUAUGAGGGAUAUUCUCACCCACGGCAUCAGAAGGGGAAGCCUUCAGGACCAUCACAACUAGAAGCAUGGCUUCAACUUCACUCUACUGUUCUCGAUGAACUACUUUGUCGUGAUGGAUUUUGGGAGAACCUAUCAGGGAUAUGCACAUGCGGGUCACCCGGCCAAUAUCGUUGUUGUGACUGCUUCAAUGGUACCUUGACAUGCAAGGAAUGUAUCAUUUCAGCUCAUCUAAUGCUUCCCCUUCACCACAUUGAGACACUCAUUUCCAACAGACCUCUCUAUGCUCGCUGGGGUCAUCCAUUCAGCUUGGCCAUUGUGGCCAUCGUUGUCCAACGCCCAUCCCAGCUUCAUAUCAUUUUACAGUCCUGGAUGUUAGUGGGGGUACAUGUGGUCUCACUGUGUUUUUGUGGCUGCUACAAUGCACAAUCGCGCUACAUCCAAUUGCUCCGUGCGGGUUGGUAUCCAAUGACCAUUGACCUACCUCACGCAGCGGCCACAUUUACGGUGCUGGAAUGUUUUCACGAGUUGACCCUGCAAGGGAAGCUCAACAUCUUUGAUUUUUACAAUGCCCUUCUCCGCAUCUCAGACGGCUCUGGAGUUACAGACUUCACGAAUCGCUAUAACGACCUUUCACGCAUUAUGCGUCAAUGGCAUCACAUCAUGUCCCUCAAGCAAGCCGGUCAUGGACACAAUCCAGCAAGAAUAAAAGCUACCAGUGCAGGAUCGUUGUCGUUUUUUGUGGAGGAGUCUGCAUUUCAAGCUGUAAUAGCUGAGUCUGGGGAGUGCAACGAGGGGAGCACAUGUCAAGUCGAGCAUGAUGCCAUUGUUCAUGCCAAUGUCCAUAAUAAAGAUGGGUAUAUCACAUCUGGGCUGGGUGCAGUGAUGUGUGCAAGGCACAUAUUAGUUCGGUGCAAUGGCAUUGCAGACUUGCAGAAAGGGGAAAAGUAUAUCAACAUGGAUUACAUACUCUUUUCGACGCUCAUUGGCGUUCAAUGCCUCAUGUUAUUCCUCUCAUAUGACAUUGCAUGCCACUAUCACAAGCGGCUCCUUGUUCGCAUGGAGGAUCUGCCGUCCUCACUCCAUUUCAACCAUGGUGACACUGAGAUGUGUUAUGCUGUGCCAAAAUACGACCUUCGUAAUCAUGGCAAGGAUUGUCAAGAUACCUUUUCACUAAACUACAUACAUGGUUCUGGGCAGACAUGCGGAGAAGGCAUCGAGACUGCAUGGGCUCAUCUUAAUGGCAUUGGCACAAGUACUCAUGAGAUGUUGCCUGGUGGACGACACAAGACAAUCAAUGAUCAUUGGACUGCGUGGAAUUGGAGGAAAACAGUAAACUUUGGUUCAAGCCUCUUAGCACAGUUCAAGGAAGCGUUCGCCAUGCAUCACACACACCAGAAAUUUCUGGAGUCUUACACUACGACCUUCCCACCCACAACUAUUUGCACGUGGUCCAAGGCAGUUGAGGACUGGGAAGCUGAUAUGUCAAAGCCGAAUCCCUACAGGGACUGUACUACACUUGCGGAUAUCCGCCUUCAGCUAGCAAAAGAAGACAUGGCUGCUGCCACGCAGGACCAUGUCUCGAUGCAUGAAGUCACUCCAAGCAAUUUCCCUAUCAAUGGCCUCGAACUUGAAGACCAACAAUACACAUUGACUGCAUCCAUCACUGCGCUCAAGGGCAAAGGGACAAGUUCGCAGCUCGCAGACAUCCAACAGAAGCGCACUGCUCUGCUUCGACGCAUCCAGAAUUGGCGUGACAUGCAACAGGUGUAUAUGCCAUGUGUCAUGCCAUCUCAGGACCGUCAAUCUGAGGACAACAACACUGACACCAGAUCAAUUAAUGCCAAAGACCUCUGCCUGCAUCUUCCGUCCUCACUUCCUUCACCCACUGUCACUCUGCUGUCCCUUACGCAACUCGUAUCACUGGAGUUUCGCCUUCGUGUUGCACAGGCUGACGACAGUCUAGAAGAUGUUCGUUGUAAUCGCUGCAUCACUCAGUCCCUUUACCAGUUCAAAAAGGGCAACAUCUCUGGAACAGGCAACAAGGCCAACACACGCUCUCAUACAACCAUGACCUGCUUCGUCGAGAAGUCACUUGCAGCCACGGAUCAUUAUGAGCAUGCUCGGAAGGCUUUGUUGGCACUUGCGCUGGGUGGCAACUGGCAAACACAACUUUGCCCUUUGAAUAGAGCCGACAUCAGAGGUCCUGGAAAGGAUGACGAAGAGUUUGAAGGCAGGCAGAGUGAAGGCCGCCGUGAGCCUUCGUGGAUCUGGAUGGUCCCCCGUGUCACUGCCAACAAUGAUUCACUUCCAGAUGGAGCCAUCACCUCCACUGCUGAUGGUCUCAAUGAUAAUGUUCGCAUUGAGUGGACCAAGGCUCGUGUGCGAGUCCAGCGCUGGCACAAAGAGGAACUUGUAGUUGUUGAGGAGAUGCGCCAAGUGUUGGCGUUUUUUGAGUGGAAGGCUGUGUGGUGGUUAUUGCAGGCCAGUCUUUGCACCAAUAUCACCCCAGCUCUUUGCCAUGGACUGUCUGCUAAUGCGCACAAGCAGGCCUCCAUUCUCACUCAGCUGGCUACAAAAUUCGCCCGUCUAUGGUUGCCUGUCCUGAAGGGUCACGGUGUCGAGCCAGUGUGGCAGUCGAAAUAUAUCUCAUUAUCCAGUGGCAGUGCUACGGCCCUAUGUGACAAAGUAUACGACCACGUCAAUGCUCUUUCUGACAAUGAUGUCAUUGAGGAUGUGGACCCUGAUAUGCUUGAAGGUUCAUUCAUUUUUGUUGUGUCAUUCUUCUGGUAA